AUGGACGGUGACAACGCGAUUCCAGUGGCCAUGUCGGAAUUGAUGGAGCUACUGGAAGACAUCGAGAAUUAUCAACAAGACGGAGUUCCCAAUACUUGGAGUGAGAGAACAGCUCAAACUGAGACUGCAGAGAGCGAAAGUGUACUCUUGAAGAAUCGCAUGCAUACACGGCCACGUCCACGACGGAAGCGGAUUCGGAAAGUUGGUUCUGUCCCGUACUCUACAGACUUACAGCGACGCAGGAGAUCGGAGCUCUUGUCGUUACGGUCAGAAGCGCAGGAGUUAGAGCGCAAGCUGCUAGAGUUGCAGCAACAACCCAGCGGUGUUAAAACAAAGGUUUCUUGUCAGCCAAAGUGGCAGAAUUUAGCAACGAGUGUCUGCCAGCAACGAGAGAAAGCGGAGAGCACGAACCGGGAACUGAAAAAAAUCCUGUCAAACCGCUUCAGCUUCAUCGCGUCGAUUCAAACGUUAUUACGGCGAAAUGACCUACUCGAGGGAAUCAAAACUUUGUCAGAGAACUCAAUGCAGCUUUUAACCCAGCCUGGUACGGCCAAUUCCCUGCUGAAGGAAAUAUCCGACAGCCUCGAGCAGAUGCUUCCUCGUGCAGAUUCCGUAUUUCCUGCGUUGGAUAGCUAUAUGGCUGUCGCGCUGAAAACUCACAAGAAACACCACGAGGUUCGUGGCACAAUGGGCGACAACUGUGUUGAGACGAUCUCAGUUACACCAAUGCCAUGCUCAAUUGCAAAAUCCGGGAUGAUCCUUUGGCAGCAGCUCAUCAACAGAAAGGAUACGGAGCCAGAUAAGCUCUACCGAUUCAUCCGAGCUAGCCGCGAUACCGCCCUUGAAAUGAGCUUUACGUUGCCAUUGAGUGAUGAGACGAAAAGGUUAUGGUAUGUCGAUGCAGUGAGUUCCUACCGCAAGUAUGAAGAAGAAAAUCGAUUUGUUCUCGUCGGAAAAACUACUUGGAGACUUCGAGCAGGAGGACUCGAGUUUGAAACUCUUCACUGGACCGUUAUUUCCCCAUCUCCAACCCAGACACCUCAGUUGCAAGCAUCAGUUGUUAAGAGCUGCAAUCGGCUGCAAGUGACGCAUUUGGACCCGUCAUCCCUCCAAGCCAUCGAUGCGCGACACAUGCUGCUCACGUCCAUUGGUAGCAGACUGCGCAGAUUUAUGAAGACAGUGCAAGACCGUUUGUUACACUGCGCCACGGAUCCCGCAAAUCUCGAUUAA